AUGGAUAAUGAUGAUAGAUUUAAUCAAGUCAAUACUCUCAUUAGAAAAGAAGGAAUAACAAUCAAAGGAUAUUGUGUGAAUGAUAAAAGAAUGAUUUGUUUCAGUGAUAAUAAUAGAAUCAUUUAUUAUAACAUUGAUACACAAGAAAGUAUAAUUCAUACACCACCACCAUUAAUGAAAUCAGCACCAAUUAUUAGUAUUGAUUGUUAUGAAGAUUUAAUACUCACAAUUUCAAGUGAUUUCACUGUAUUAGUCAUUGAAAUUGAAACAUAUCGAGUGUUUUAUCGACAAGUGAUUUCAGGAGCAACCAAAGGAUACUUUUUAUCAGCAAGAAUCUUUACAUUAUAUUCAAAUGAUAAAACACUGAGAGUAAUUGAAUAUCCUGAUACAUCGAUUCUUGGAUUUGGACAACGAGGACAUGUUGAUGUAUUAUCAAAUUAUGUUUAA